AUGACGCCCGCGGGCGCGGCGCUGGCGCUGGCGCUGCUGUUCCAGCGCUGGAGCGACUGGCAGCUGGUGCCCGAGUGCGGUGACGUGGUGCUGCCGCAGGACGUCUGCUACCCGCUGUCACAGCUCUUCCCCCGCCGCCGCCGCCGCCGCCGCUCCCUCGAGAUCAACGGCCAGACGGCCGAGCUCGAGCAGGGCCGCUGGCCGUGGAUGGCUCUGCUCGGAGAGCGGGUCAACGGACAGCGCCGCUGGACGUGCGGCGGCACGCUCAUCUCGGCCCGCACCGUGCUGACGGCGGCCCACUGCGUGGACGGCCGGCAGCCGGCAGACCUCAAGGUCCGCCUCGGCGAGUACGACCUCUCGACGACGCGCGAUGGAAAACACGUGAACGUGCCGGUGGCGCGCAUCGUCGUCCACCCGCGUUACCGGCGGAAGCACAACGACCUGGCGCUGCUGCACCUGGGCCGGCCGGUGCCCAUCAGCCGGCAGAUAAAGCCGGCCUGCCUGCCGCCGGGCCAUGCGGACCACACGGGCCGGCCGGUCGACCUGGCCGGCUGGGGGCACACAGAGUUCCAGGGCAAGGUGUCGCGCGUGCUGCACGAGGCGCGGCUGCGCGUGGUCAACGUCAGCCGCUGCGAGCAGGCGUAUGAGCACCUGUUGACGUUCGACCGCGAUUUCCCCGGCGGAUUUCAGGGCACCAAACUGUGCGCCAACAGCGCCGACGGAACGUCCAAGGACGCGUGUCAGGGCGACUCGGGAGGGCCUCUGGUGUACAGAACCACUGGGAUAGAGCGCCGCUACCAGGUGAUCGGAGUCGUCUCCACAGGGCUCGGCUGCGGUAACCCGAAUUAUCCGGGCAUCUAUACAAAGGUCUCCAUGUACGUGUUGUGGAUAUUGCGGAAUAGCAUCUAG